UUGGCAUCAAAUUAUCCAAAUCCAGGAGUUGGCGCGCAAGAACACUCACUCGGAAACCCUCUUCACAGUGAGGGUUUUAGGCUUUUAGCUCGCUCACUGAGUCACUGAGUCACUGUUUGAGUGUUUUGCUACCACUUACUGCUUCCACUCUUUCCUUCUUUGCCUUUCACACUUCCCAAUGACAACCCUAUGAAACCUUCUUCUUCUUCCUUCCAAACCCAAACCCUUAUCCUCAGCUCCUCCGCCAUGGCAUUUCCCUCCGCUCUCAGACUCUCCACCAUCCUCAGACUCUCCCCCUUCGCCCCAUCCCGCCUUCCCUGGCUCUGCCAAACCCCGUCCGCCGACCUCCGCUUCCUCUCCGUCUCGUCUAGACGGCUGUCGCGGCGGCCCGUUGCGCCUGUCCAAGCCAGGCGCCGCGAAGAGGCGGCGGCAGCAGCACAAGACGGAAAUGGGAGUGUGAUGGUGAAGGACAGCGGAAGCGACGGAAGGAUUGUGCUGACGGAGCUUCACAAAGAGGCAACUGAAGCUUAUAUGGCGUAUGCUAUGUCAGUGCUCCUCGGUCGCGCCUUACCUGAUGUUCGUGACGGAUUGAAACCCGUCCAUAGAAGGAUUCUAUUUGCAAUGCAUGAGCUUGGCCUUUCAUCCAAAAAACCGUUCAAGAAAUGUGCAAGAGUUGUUGGAGAGGUAUUGGGGAAGUUCCACCCUCAUGGAGACAGUGCUGUAUAUGAUUCCUUAGUGCGAAUGGCCCAGGAUUUCUCGCUACGUUGUCCUUUGAUUCAAGGUCAUGGGAAUUUUGGGUCAGUUGAUGCUGACCCUCCUGCUGCUAUGCGUUACACAGAGUGCAGACUGGAAGAACUGACUGAGGCAAUGUUGUUGGCUGAUAUAGAACAAGAUACAGUUGAUUUUGUUCCAAAUUUUGAUAAUUCACAGAAGGAACCAUCACUUCUUCCCUCUCGACUUCCAACGUUAUUAUUGAAUGGUUCCUCUGGGAUUGCGGUUGGCAUGGCGACUAAUAUCCCUCCUCAUAAUCUUGGGGAACUAGUAGAUGUGCUGUGCGUGUUGAUACACAAUCCAGAAGCUACUCUGCAAGAAUUGCUUGAAUACAUGCCUGGACCGGACUUUCCUACGGGAGGGCUGAUUAUGGGAAACCUUGGGAUCUUAGAGGCUUAUCGUACUGGCCGAGGACGUGUUGUUGUGAGAGGGAAAACUGAUAUUGAAUUGCUUGAUUCUAAGACAAAACGGGCUGCAGUAAUAAUUAAAGAGAUUCCUUACCAGACAAACAAAGCAGCUUUAGUUGAGAAGAUUGCUGAACUCGUAGAAAAUAAGAAUUUAGAUGGGAUAAGUGACAUUCGGGAUGAAAGUGAUCGCUCUGGAAUGCGUAUAGUCAUUGAGCUAAAGCGGGGAGCAGACCCUUUGAUUGUUUUGAAUAAUCUAUAUCGCUUAACAUCACUUCAGUCUACAUUUAGCUGCAACAUGGUGGGUAUUCUUAACGGGCAACCCAAACAAAUGGGGCUGAAGGAAUUACUUCAGGCAUUCAUAGACUUCAGAUGCACUGUUGUUGAGAGGCGUGCAAGAUUUAAGCUUUCCCAUGCACAAGCGAGAAGACAUAUUGUUGAGGGUAUUCUUAUCGGGUUUGAUAAUCUGGAUCGGGUGAUUCACAUAAUUCGUGAAUCUUCAAGUAACUCAAUUGCUGCAGCUGCUCUAUGUAAUGAAUUCGGCCUCUCUGGGAAGCAAGCUGAAGCUCUUAUGGACAUUAGCCUUAGAAGGCUGACCCUUCGUGAGAGUGGAAACUUUGUGGCUGAAAGUAAAUCUUUGAUGGAACAAAUUUUGAAGUUAGAGGAACUGUUAUCUAGCAGGAAAAAUAUACUGGAGCUUAUUGAACAAGAAGCAAUUGAGCUUAAAAAUAGGUUUGCCAACCCCAGGCGUUCUACGUUGGAGGACACAGAUAAUGGUCAACUUGAAGAUAUUGAUAUUAUCCCAAACGAAGAUAUGCUAUUGGCACUUAGUGAAAAGGGUUAUUUAAAGCGGAUGAAGCCAAGCACUUUUAACCUACAAAAUCGUGGAACAAUUGGCAAAUCAGUAGGAAAACUGAGAGUGAAUGAUUCAAUGUCUGACUUUCUUGUUUGUCGGGCACAUGAUCAUGUCCUUUAUUUCAGUGAUAAGGGAACGGUAUAUUCGGCUCGUGCAUACAAAGUUCCUGAAUGUAGCCGGACUGCUGCUGGCACCCCACUUGUUCAGAUAUUAUCUUUGUCUGAUGGUGGAAGGAUAACGUCCAUUAUUCCUGUGAGUGAGUUUGCUGAAGAUCAGUUUUUGCUGAUGCUCACCAUGCAAGGCUACAUCAAGAAAGUUUCCUUGAAUGCUUUUUCAUCAAUCCGGUCGACCGGGAUCAUUGCAAUUCAGUUGGUUCCUGGCGAUGAGCUGAAGUGGGUCCGUCGUUGCACAAAUGAUGAUGUUGUGGCGAUGGCUUCACACAAUGGAAUGGUCAUACUGAGCUUAUGCAGCAAGAUUCGCACACUUGGAAGAAGUACAAGGGGGGCGCUAGCAAUGAGACUGAAAGAAGGGGAUAGGAUGGCUAGUGUGGAUAUCAUACCUGCAGCAUUGUGGAAUGACAUGGAAAACUCCUCAAAGUUUCCUGGGAGCAAUGCAAAAAGCCAAAAGGGGCCAUGGUUGUUGUUUGUGUCUGAAAGUGGCUAUGGAAAACGGGUUCCUUUAAGCAGUUUCCGGAUUUCACCUUUGAAUCGAGUUGGUUUGAUUGGAUACAAGUUUGCUGCUGAGGAUCGCUUGGCUGCUGUUUUUGUGGUUGGAUUCACAUUAGCAGAGGAUGGCGAAAGUGAUGAACAAGUGGUUCUUGUAAGCCAAAGUGGUACAGUCAACAGAAUCAAGGUCCGGGAUAUUUCUAUACAGUCUCGAUUUGCAAGGGGGGUUAUUUUGAUGCGCCUUGAUCAUGCUGGAAAGAUUCAAUCAGCUUCCUUAAUCUCGGCAACAGAUUGUGAGCCUGAUGAAGUUUUAGCUAUCACUCAAAGCUAGUUGUAGAUCAGCCUCCAAGCCCCUUUAUCUUUAAGGUUUUCUCUCCAGGUUAGGAGAAACGGCGGUAAUUUGUUCUUGGCGCCUUGUAAAUUUCAUGUAUGUGGCAUUAGACGAGUGAAAAACAUGCACCUUAGGUUAUAGAAUCACUAGGCAUUAUUAAUCUGUCUGUCGGCCGAAGACAACUACUAAUUCCUAGGUUUGUCAGUGUUUUCGGUAUCUGAUGUAUGUAUUGGUGCAAAACUACAAGAUGUAACUGUACCACUAUUGCAUAUCCCAACUGUUUCUGUUUGAAAUUCUAGUUCUUAAAUAUCCGAGAAUCUUAUCCAAAUUUGCCAUGGGAGAGUUUGGUCUUUGGUGUAUGAAAAAUUAGCAUGGAGUUCAGAA